CACCACAUCUGGCCCAGAAUCUAAGUUUUAAUGAAAAUUACUUCCAAGGUCUGGGUAUCUGAACACAACAAUCCAAAGGGCAUUUGUCACCUUAAACAAUUCUAAGUCAUAUUUUAAAUUAUUCCCUUUCAUUCCUAACAUUGCCCCUUGUUCCUCUUGUUUUUAUGUAGUGGGUAUAUUUUAUUAUCCUCUCAUUCCCAUUUUUCCUCCAAAUAUUUCUGCAGCUCUGUCCUUCCUGCUUCCUCCUUGCUGUGGUGGCUGGGAUGCUUCUUCCAUGAUUUUUUGACUCUAGACUGGCCUGUUCUCUGUGUUAAAAAAAAAAAAUCAGUUACGACCUUCUCUUAACAGUGUGAAGUGAGGGGGGCCUUCUCCCUCCUUCCUCCCUCUGUGGUCCACCUUCCUUUUUACCCUGCCUUGCGGCGGCUCUGCCCUUUACCUUCAUGGACGACUCAGAGGUGGAGUCGACCGCCAGCAUCUUGGCCUCUGUGAAGGAACAAGAGGCCCAGUUUGAGAAGCUGACCCGGGCGCUGGAGGAGGAACGGCGCCACGUCUCGGCGCAACUGGAACGCGUCCGGGUCUCACCACAAGAUGCCAACCCACUGAUGGCCAACGGCACUCUCACCCGCCGGCAUCAGAACGGCCGGUUUGUGGGCGAUGCUGACCUUGAGAGACAGAAAUUUUCAGAUUUGAAACUCAACGGACCCCAGGAUCACAGUCACCUUCUAUAUAGCACCAUCCCCAGGAUGCAGGAGCCAGGGCAGAUUGUGGAGACCUACACAGAGGACGACCCUGAGGGAGCCAUGUCUGUGGUCUCUGUGGAGACCUCAGAUGAUGGAACUACUCGGCGCACAGAGACCACAGUUAAAAAAGUAGUGAAGACUGUGACAACACGGACUGUACAGCCAGUCCCUGUGGGACCAGAUGGGCUGCCUCUGGAUGCUUCUUCAGUUUCUAACAACUAUAUCCAGACUUUGGGUCGUGACUUCCGCAAGAAUGGCAAUGGGGGACCUGGUCCCUAUGUGGGGCAAGCAGGCACUGCUACCCUUCCCAGGAACUUCCACUACCCACCUGAUGGAUAUAGCCGCCACUAUGAAGAUGGUUAUCCAGGUGGCGGUGACAACUAUGGCAGUCUGUCCCGGGUGACCCGUAUUGAGGAGCGGUAUAGGCCUAGCAUGGAAGGCUAUAGGGCACCUAGUAGACAGGAUGUGUAUGGCCCCCAACCCCAGGUUCGAGUAGGUGGGAGCAGUGUGGAUCUACAUCGUUUUCAUCCAGAGCCUUAUGGUCUAGAGGAUGACCAGCGUAGCAUGGGCUAUGAUGACCUGGAUUAUGGUAUGAUGUCUGAUUAUGGCACUGCCCGUCGGACUGGGACACCCUCUGACCCUCGUCGACGCCUCAGGAGCUACGAAGACAUGAUUGGUGAGGAGGUGCCAUCAGAUCAGUACUAUUGGGCUCCUUUGGCCCAACACGAACGGGGAAGUUUGGCAAGCUUGGAUAGCCUGCGCAAGGGAGGCCCCCCACCUCCCAACUGGAGACAGCCAGAGCUGCCAGAGGUGAUCGCCAUGCUAGGAUUCCGUUUGGAUGCCGUCAAGUCCAAUGCAGCUGCAUAUCUGCAACACUUAUGUUACCGCAAUGACAAGGUGAAGACUGAUGUGCGGAAGCUCAAGGGUAUCCCAGUACUGGUGGGAUUGUUAGAUCACCCCAAAAAAGAAGUACACCUUGGAGCCUGUGGAGCUCUCAAGAAUAUCUCUUUUGGGCGUGACCAAGAUAACAAGAUUGCCAUAAAAAACUGCGAUGGUGUUCCUGCCCUUGUGCGAUUGCUACGAAAAGCUCGUGAUAUGGACCUUACUGAAGUCAUUACUGGAACUCUGUGGAAUCUCUCAUCCCAUGACUCAAUCAAGAUGGAAAUUGUGGACCAUGCACUGCAUGCCUUGACAGAUGAAGUGAUCAUUCCACAUUCUGGUUGGGAGCGGGAGCCUAAUGAAGACUGUAAGCCACGUCAUAUUGAGUGGGAGUCAGUGCUCACCAACACAGCUGGCUGCCUCAGGAAUGUAAGCUCAGAGAGGAGUGAAGCGCGCCGGAAACUUCGGGAAUGUGAUGGUUUAGUUGAUGCCCUCAUUUUCAUUGUUCAGGCUGAGAUUGGGCAGAAGGAUUCAGACAGCAAGCUUGUGGAGAACUGUGUUUGCCUCCUUCGGAACCUAUCAUAUCAAGUUCACCGAGAGAUCCCACAGGCAGAGCGUUACCAAGAGGCACCUCCCAAUGUUGCCAACAAUACUGGGCCACAUGCUGCCAGUUGCUUUGGGGCCAAGAAGGGCAAAGGGAAAAAACCCUUAGAGGAUCCAGCAAAUGAUACAGUGGAUUUCCCUAAAAGAACUAGUCCUGCUCGAGGCUAUGAGCUUUUAUUUCAGCCAGAGGUGAUUCGGAUAUACAUCUCUCUCCUUAAGGAGAGCAAGACUCCUGCCAUCCUAGAAGCCUCAGCUGGAGCAAUUCAGAACUUGUGUGCUGGGCGCUGGACGUAUGGUCGAUACAUUCGCUCUGCUCUGCGUCAAGAGAAGGCUCUUUCUGCCAUAGCUGACCUCCUAACCAGUGAACAUGAGCGUGUAGUCAAAGCUGCAUCUGGAGCACUAAGAAAUCUGGCUGUGGAUGCUCGCAACAAAGAAUUAAUUGGUAAACAUGCUAUUCCUAACUUGGUAAAGAAUCUGCCAGGAGGGCAGCAGAACUCCUCCUGGAAUUUCUCUGAGGACACCGUGGUCUCUAUUUUGAAUACCAUCAAUGAGGUUAUUGCUGAGAACCUGGAGGCUGCCAAAAAGCUUCGAGAGACACAGGGUAUUGAGAAGCUGGUGUUAAUCAACAAAUCAGGGAACCGCUCAGAAAAAGAAGUUCGAGCAGCAGCACUUGUAUUACAGACCAUCUGGGGAUAUAAAGAACUGCGGAAGCCACUGGAAAAAGAAGGGUGGAAGAAAUCAGACUUUCAGGUGAAUCUAAACAAUACUUCUCGAAGCCAGAGUAGUCAUUCAUAUGAUGAUAGCACUCUCCCUCUCAUUGACCGGAACCAAAAAUCAGAUAAGAAACCUGAUCGGGAAGAAAUUCAGAUGAGCAAUAUGGGAUCAAACACAAAAUCAUUAGAUAACAACUAUUCCACAUUGAAUGAGAGAGGGGACCACAAUAGAACACUGGAUCGAUCUGGGGAUCUAGGUGAUAUGGAGCCUUUGAAGGGAACGACACCCUUGAUGAAGAUUUAGCACCACUAUCUCCGCUCCAUCUGGGCUUAUGAUACAUGUACUUUUAUUUUUUGGUGGUGAAAUGGACUGAUGAUUUUCUCUUUCUUCGCUGGACUGUUGUGCCAACUGCCAGGCUGCCACCUGCCCUUAUAGCCCUAAGUGGCUAUCUUCUUUCCAUCAACUCCCAACUUCUUCCAGUCAAGUUUGAUUGUCCUGCUCCCCACCUACCCCAAUUUCUCCCAAGAAGCCUGACUCAGUUAUUUGCAUAUCUCGAGAAACUGCUGCAGAUUAGCUCUUUUUGCCAGCUCUCCCUGGAACUCUUGUGGAGGGAGGGGGAGAAUGGGAAUCUUCACUGGAAGCUGUGGGAAGACUUGGAAGUUAUAUGCUAUAUAUGCAAUGUCCAGCAAUCUGAUAAACUGAUGAUUCUUAAGAUUUUUUUCCUAGUGGCAAAGGGACUUUUUCUUUUCUUUUGAAGAAGGGGAAAUGUAAGCUUUUCCCUAAUUCCUAAUAGCCAUUUUUGAAGCAAAGAAGGCUGGCAACUUUGGCACAUUCCACCUGGCAAGGGUUCUUAAGUACGUGAAGGUCUCUUAGAAUUGGGAUUAAGAAACUUUGCUCUCCUCAACUCUGAGGCAGGGACUUUCAAGGACCUACAGACUCCAUCUCUUCCACAAUCCUCAUGCCAACCCUGGGCUGCUGCUGCUGCCCCUUACAGAGGCUGUCCUUAAUCCUCCUCUCCCACCCUGUGAUAUGUCUGCUGACUUGGCCUCGCCAUUUGCAAAAGGCUGUAGGAAGAGGAGAAUGUCAAGACUUUUGGUUGAGAAGGAGCAGAAAAAUGUCUUUUGAGAAGAGGAACUUCUAGGAAGAGCCUAGUAGGAAUGUACAGGAACCAGUUAGUCUGAAACUGGCAGGAAGCUUCGAAGCUGGCUUCCCCCCACCCUGUUUCUCCUUUUCCUACCCUUACAGGCCUGCCCUCCCCUGUUUCCGUCCUGGAUUGGUUGGCCAACUGAAGAACUUGAUGUAUAUAACUCCCAUCCCCUUUACCCUGAUAAGGUGGGGAUUGCCCUGGGCUUUGCCUAUUCUUUGUGCCUUUGGCCUUGGGUGCAUCUCCUCCUUCCCUUCCAUGUGCCUUUCUUUGCCUCUGCAGUCUCAUUUCUCAUAAUUUUGCAAAUUAUAUUUUGUUGCUUUCUUACCCACUGUUGCCCCUCAAUAGCAGAAAGAAGAGGAUAAGUGACCUAGAGAACCUCAGAUUCUCCACUGGGGAUUGAUGUCGCCUCUGAUUUUAGCCAUAGCCAGCUUUUGCUCAAUAGUGUAUGGUUGGGAUUUUGCAAAAAUGUUAUUUGGAUGAAUCUCAAAGUGAGGUUGGUGGGAGGAAUGAGUGGUACAACUCUUACUCCAUAGGUGCCCAAUCAUUUACCAGCGUCACUGAAGGGGUUAUACAGGGGAGCAGUCUUUCCCCAAUUCCUUCC